AUGUCUCUGGGGCACUGGGAUGCCGACGAGCAGAGCGUUAAAAAAUUAAACGGGCACUAUGACUUGCCGCAGGACUUCGAGCCGGCGCACAGGAAUGGCGGCCACGGAGGGCAUGGGAUGAAGGAGGAGAUUCCGGAAGCAGAAUAUUUGGAUGAAGAGGUAACCGGCGUAAUGAGAAUAUUAGAAGUAAUCCAACAAGGCAUCGGCGGCUUCAUGACGCGCCAUCAUAAAGCCAUCUCAAUCCUCGUGCUCCUCGCCUUUCUCGGGCUCUACCAUGGAUGGCUGAUUGCCGCCAUCGUGCACGACGCGAAGAAGGUCGAGCCGAUGAUUGUCAUUACCGGUAUUCUGUGGGCCGGUGUUAUUUAUUAUCAGGUGAUAAAACGGUUCUUCGGCGAGGCCAUCUACAGGUCCGUGUUCGAGCCGGCCAUUCACGUCGGCGGGAAGAUAUGGCAAUUUAUUGGAUUUCAAAUCCUUUUCUACAUGCUGAUCCUCGGCCUUAUCCUUGGAUUCUUGGUGUGGGACACGUGGAAGGACCACAAGAGGUUGACUGGCCUGGGCGGGAUGGCCUGCUUCAUUGUGUUGAUGUGGAUACUGUCGAACAACCGGGCACGGAUCCGCUGGCGUCCAGUCAUCUGGGGCUUUUUCUUGCAGUUUUGUCUUGGACUAUUGGUUUUGAGGUGGGAUUGGGGUAACCAAACCUUCAACCGCAUCUCCAACCAAAUCGUCAAAUUCCUCGACUAUACAAACAACGGAACUUCCUUCGUUUUUGGCUUCAUCGCGGACCCUCCGAAUAUCUGUGACCCGAACAACCCAUCAACAGCCAUUUCCGGAGCAUUUGCUUUCACCUCCCUUCAAGUGGUCGUUUACUUCGGGUCCAUCGUCGCGUUGUUGUACUACUAUGGUGUGAUUCAGUUUAUCCUCAAAAUCAUGGCCUGGUUUAUGACGAUCACGCUGGGGACGACGGCCACGGAAAGUCUCAACGCUUGUGCCUGCAUCUUUUUGGGCCAGUCUGAAGCCCCGCUCCUAAUCAAGCCCUACCUUGAAAAGAUGACGGCCUCGGAAUUGCAUGCCGUGAUGACCAGCGGUUUUUCCUGUAUAGCGGGUUCCCUCUUUGCGGCGUAUAUCGCAUUCGGGGCGUGCCCGACGUAUCUUCUGUCCGCGACGGUGAUGUCGGCAUGCGGGUCGUUGGCCUGCUCAAAGAUUUUGUAUCCGGAGACUGAGGAGAGCAAGCUAAAGGACGUGUCCGAUCUGGAGCUGCCGAAGGGUGAAGAAUCCAACCCCCUGGAGUGCAUCUCCAACGGUGCCGUAGCCGCCGUGGAGCUAGUCCUUGCCAUCGUGGCCAACUUGAUCGUAUUCUUGGCCCUCCUCGCCUUCAUCGACAACAUUUUCGACUAUGCCGGCGAGGUCAUUGGGUAUUCUGGAUGGAGUUUCCAGAAAUCCCUCGGCUACGUGUUCUUCCCGUUGGCCUACGUGAUGGGGGUGACAGAGAAUUCGGAUGAAACGCUUCGUGUCGCUCAGUUGAUGGGGACGAAAACCGCGCUGAACGAGUUCAUCGCCUACCAGAACCUCGGCACCAUGGUGGCCAAGGGGGAGCUAUCGCCCCGAUCAGCCAUGAUUGCCACAUAUGCGCUGUGCGGGUUCUCCAAUUUUUCUUCGAUUGGCAUCCAGCUAGGUGUGCUGGGUGGGAUGUGUCCUCAACGGAAACAGGUGUUCGCUCGAGUCGUACUCCGGGCUCUGCUCGCCGGCUGUAUCUCGUGCUUCUUCACGGCUUGCGUUGCAGGAAUCCUUGUCGAGAACCCAACUCAUUGCGACCGAGCCGGAGGCAGCCAGGCCUGCUUCGACCCGAACAAGUAUCUACCAACCGACACCUCAUCCACUACAUCACUCUUCACAUCCACAGCCGGCCAUUUGGAGUUG